AUGUCUAAUGUUGAUGUAAUUUCUGUUGCAGCGCGGGAUGCCGGCGCGGUGACCAUCAACUACGGGCUGUUCGUGGAGAACGUCAUGAACUUCCUCAUCAACGCCGUGUUCCUGUUCUUCGCGGUGAAAAAAGUGUUUGAGGUGGUGUUCAAGCGCAACGUGCUGGUCAAGAAGCAGUGUCCCUAUUGUAAGGAGUUCGUGAAGGGCAAUGCCACCCGGUGCAAGGAGUGCGGCUCGGAUAUCGACUCGCCCCCGAAUGCGCGCGGCGGAUACAGGCCUGUGGAAAUAUAG